GGGAAGGUAGGGGCGGCCUUGACGAGAUCAGAUUAAACAACAGCACAAAAGCCCCACCACACUCGCCUCUUAUUUAUUUAGAUUUUAAUGAAUGGGGUGCGUUUGUGUCAUCUGAAGAAUCCUAAUGUCCAAGGCGCGCAGUCCUCUCGACGCACUAAUUUGGGCCUAAUGGCUUGUUUAUUUCUGGGUUUGUUUAGGGGGUUUUGGAGUCCUGUGCUGAUGCCAAAUGUCCAAAUAUGUGUGAACAAGAGGCUUUAAAGUAAUACAGCUGUUGACUUAAAAUGUUGACUUCAUGACCAAAAUUAUAAAUUUAGUAAGAUUAAAUGAAUAAACGUUCUGGAAUUGCACAUCCAUAUAUAAUUAAGCUUUGCUCUUCAAAUCAAGGUUCAGUGUAGGCGUUGUCACUUUCUUAUCAGAUAACAUUAUCAUUAUCUUUUUAUCUCUGUAGAAUCAUACAUUUUAAAGUCAACAAAUGGUGUCUGUUAUGAUUGAAUUAACGUCACAUUUGCUACCGGUUAACAUAAAUGAAACACAAUUAGUCAGGAAUAAAUUUGUAUUUAUGGUUUUACUAAAACAUUUUUGUGAAACCUGUUGUUAUCUAAUAGUCACGUGUUCCAUCAACAAAUGUUCUUUCAAGUUUAUUGUACCUUUACUCUUAGUAAUGUUAUCAAAUUAAUACUAUCCUAAGACUUGAGACUUACGUUCAAAUUUUAUUCAAAAACAAAGUGUAACACUUAUACUUGCAACGAUGUUUUUUAUUCUAAUAAAUGUCCACCUAAGUUAAAUGGAAGCAUCAGAAGGCCAGCCUUUACGACAUUUGUUGCAUCCCCUUACAAUCUAUACACAAUCUACAUUAUUGGUACCUUUUAGUUUUGCCGAAGCAUGAAUCGUUCGCCUGUGUGCAGAAGUGCACGCUCCCGAGCUCUUUACGCGCGUUCCCCAGCGCGGUGACCUCCAGGUCGCCUCCCCGGGGAUGAUGCUUGCGUGUGGGGGAAGGGUGUACCCGUCAGGCGGUGGCCAAUACAUCCUCCGUCAAAGCCCCGAGCAAUCCUGUUACGCACGCAGCUCCUCUGCGCGAUAACCCCGCUCCGGCUUUAGAGCUUGACAAAAACAGUGACCACGAUCUGUAGCUAUGAAACUUAAUUUAGGCCAGUUUCCGUUUGUCAUAUUUUAGUAGUGACACUUGUGUUGAAUAUAAACGUAUACUGCGUUAUUAGAUCUGUGGAUGUGCUGUCAACAUAUGGAUUGAUUACUGAAGGAAAUCGUUUCCAAGUUAAACGUUCGUUUUAAUUUAGCACAAGUAAGAAUAAUUCGAGAAUUUUCGCUCAUCUUUGAUAAAAAAAGUUUUGUAGAACGUCUUUUUUUGCUCCAUUUGCUUGAACAUUUAAUUCAUCUCGUUUAGGGAAAUCUUGUUUUUACGCAUUUAUCUAUUUUUCUAGAACCCCCUCGUGUUUUAGUGUUUCACUUAUUUCAUGUUUUUACGUUAUAAAUGAAAAACAAAAAGCUUAAAAAACAUUUGGACAAAAAUGCGGAAAAAAUUCUCUUGCUUUAAUGCCUAAAACAUCCCAUAAAUCCACCCACACCAUCCCUCCUUAUAAUAUUGGCGAAAAUACAGUUUUGUGGGUUUCCAGAAGCCUCUCAGCUGCACUGCCGAUUAAUUUUGUUUACGGAGCCCGUGCGCUCUGCUGCGCGAAACGUUCCCCUCCCUCACUGCAUUUUACACGGCGCGUCGAGUCGUGCGGAGGGAGCACAGCCUACUGGGUUUAUGGUAAUUGCGGUUGUUCCCCCGACUGGCCUUCUGGGUAGUGUGUGUGUGUGAGAGAGUGAGAGAGUGAGUGAGAGAGAGAGAGAGAGAGAGACGAAUCGCGAUCGAGGCAGCGCUCAGCUUUCAUUCCCCGCCGCACGAGCUUACAGAGACACGCACACAUAGAGCAGUCGUGCGAGCGCGCCGUGCGUUAGGGAUAUCGCAUAUCGGAACCGGGACAAAGACUGGACAAUUUUUUCCGUGGACGCCAAAGUCUCGUUCCGUUUGGUAAAACGUGGAAAGGGGAAUUCUCGCUGUGCUUUCGUCAGCCUGUGGUACUCAAACGUGCGUGUUAAGACCGGACCGCGUAAACACACGCACACACAUUGCUGUCGUUCUCUCGGCGUAGCUCGUUGUCUCGCCCGAGCCCAACAUGGCGCUGCGAGGCGUCAUUUAGCAGACUGAGUUCAGUUCAACCGGAGCCCCGGGGAUUUUUCACCACCUGUGCGUUCACGCCAUUCAUGUCAAAGUCGCCGUCCUCUAGCCAACCAAGGGAAUUACGUCUGAACGCCUCUCUAUGGAUGUAUAUGGAUCCCCUACGUGUGUUUACAGUUUUUUUGGAGUGGAUAUUCGUAUUCGGCAAGUCCGGAGACACUCUGAACUUCUGAAAGACUUCUUUUGAAAACUAAGACAAAACAAGGGUUACCAGAUUAAGUUAUUUAUACAGUAAUGCGGCUUUCAACAGGAGCAGCCGAUCCUCUUUGUUUUAACGGGAAUAUUUGCAUAUCGCAAACACUACCCGUGCUCUUUAAAGUGUGAAAACUCUUCACUCUUUAGUUCAGAAAAGGAAACACCAGACAUCAAUACAUUCAGAUUAUUCUUAAAAUGCUGAAGACCAGAGAAUCUGUUGGGAACUAACAGAGAAAUAGAGUCCUCAUUCAAAGCAUGGUGGAUGCGAGCACAGCCUACAGAAUGAACCCUCUCAGUGCGCUCGGCAUCGAUCGGACCAGCCUGAUGCGGGAAAGUCUCCGUGUUCAUGGAGGAAUGGUUUAUCCGACAGGAAUCCGGACCCUGCCAACAGAAAAGGGAUUUGUUGGUGACCGAAUUCCAGACCUGCUCUACAAACCAGAUAUGUCUCUCGACAGUAGAAAGACCUCAAACAGUUACAUUGGACUUUAUAAGACUUCCCCACAGGGGAUUCAGAAGACGCUUGUUAUGCCUGGGAUGGGUUCAGAUACUUUAGGGUUGGACAGAUGCGUCGUACAAGCAGACAAAGCUCCCGAACUAAGCCUGAAUGGUGGUAGCGGCUAUCUGCGGGUUCCCUGGAUGAAUCCCUAUCAUGAAGCUGGAAUGUACCCUUUCAUAGACUCCAGUAAAUAUACUGCUUUAAACAUGUAUAAAGCAUCAAUCUUGUCACAACAGCCACCUUACCUUCCUCAGCAUCUGGCAUACCAGUCUCUAUGUGCAAGUGCAGGAGGAAGUGCAGCUGGUGCCGAACGCUUAUUCUACAUGCCUGCCUAUCCUCCUACACCCAUAUCUUCACCCCUUGCCCCUCCUCUCAGGAUCCCAACCGCCACUGUCGCCCCUACAGCACUGUCACCAAUGAUGCACCACCAGGACAAAUCCAUGCAGAGCAUGGGCCCACGGAUUCACCACGAGCCCUCUGCAUUUGGGCAGCAGAACAUACAUCAACAGACCCAGGGUCACCACCAGUCAUCUAGUGACAGGCAGCACAACAGCAGUGGAAACAGUGCCAGCCACAGCAAAUCCAACCGGACCCCCUCCAGUAAAAACACGAGCAGUACUAGCAGUAAUGUAAUCUGCAGUAGCAGUGUUGGAGUUAGCAGCAACUCCAGUUCCAUAUCAGUAGACACAAUGCAACCUCCCCGUCCAACACCACGCCCCCCUCAGCCCUCUGCAGCUCCGCCCCCUCCACCUCUUGUGGACAGCACUAUUGAGUUUCAAAAGCCUCUAUACAGGAGUCCUUCUUCAUCUUCCUCAUCCUCUCCAUCAGUUGCUCACCCUACCUACAUUAACAACAUUUCACAGGAGCUACGCUCCCCAAUUCGGCCCGGUACCCAGAAACCUAAAGCCAAAGAGGAGUCGACCAGCGGAACAGGAAAUGAAAGAAAAGGCAGCAGCUCACCUGUUAAGACCUCUUCUGAGAAACCACCUGAAAAACACGGCCCUGUUACCAAAGACCCAGCAGAUAAGCCUUUAGACCUAUCUGCUAAAAUCAUGGACUUUGAAGGACCUCCCAAUGGAUAUCAAUCAAAAUUAGAGGCCUUAGCUAAACUUGGUUAUUCCCCCUCCUCUCGUUACGGGCUUCCCCCAAACAGGGAGCUUUUGAAAGAAACUCUUUCUCCGUCAUCCUCUGCCAUUAGCACUUCUAAAACUCCAGAAAGACCUGAGAUAAUUAGCACUUUGUCAUCUUCAUGGGUGGUGCCAAGUCCAACCCAGACAAUCAACUCUGAGUCUAAUCAAAGCAAAGGCUCCAAUAUCAUAAAAAACAAGAAUCUUGAGCAUGUAGCGCCACAGUCAAGAAGUUCCUCUUGUCCCAGAAUUGAAGACCAAAACAAUGUCUCAGUCCCAAAUUCUGCCCCUGUUGUCAUAACUACAACAUCUCGGCCAUCAUCUGCCUCCCCGUCCCCCAAGGUGAAUGGUGAAUGGACAAAGUCAAUUCCCACCCCACCAGAAAAGACUUCAACUAAUAACCAUGGUCACCCCUCAGCUACAAAGCCUUCAAAAACACACAAAAAAACGGAAAUGCCUGAAAUUGGCUUCAAGCACCAGCAGUCACAUUUAGAGAACGGACAUGCACCAAGCCACCUCUACAUGACUCAUGGUGAAACGUAUCUUCCCAGCUUAGCAUAUUCUAGCAGAUAUCUUUCAUAUCCAGUACCUGAGAGUCUGUCUCUCCCUCACUUGCAGUUGCCUGGAAAAGGCCCAGUGUACCCUCAUCCUGGUUUUCUCGGCACUAACAGUCUGUAUUCAGCUCGUUUGCAACCCAAACACGGCCUCCCUUAUGGAAUCCCACCUAGCCAUGGAGAGUAUCUGACCUACCAUGACUCACAAGAGAUGGUUCACCCACUAAUGUCUCCCCACCUGCCCUUGGACCACAAAGUUUCUGAGCGUCUAGAGCUAAGACACAGGCCUUUGGAAAAGCCUUGGCACCACGAGGAGCCUCCAUAUAAGCGCCAGAGCAUCGCAGAGUCAGAAAUGGGUUACAAAUCCGAGAGGCAAGAAUUUCACAGCUCUAGGACUCAGAGCAAGCAUCACACAGUGAAUAAGGAGGAGAUUGUCUGUAUUGACCUGGUCCAUGAUGACACAGAUGGCAGUCCAGAGCCAGACAAACAUAGUGUCACUGAUGCCAAAAGCAAAGAGCCAGCUAAGCCAGUCGGCAGUGGGACGGGGAAGGAAAGUGGCAAUAAUUCUGAAGGUAAGGAGCCAGAGCUCAUGCAGAUCUUGCGUUCCGGCCAGCCCGCCGUAUCCAGGCCAGCUGAGUCAGAGCGGCGGCCAGAGGUAUGCAGUUCACCUCGGCCUCAGACGCAGGCUGUCUCCCCUGUGCAUAGCCAGGGUGAGGAGAGCUCAUCUGAGCAUAGCCCACUACCAGACAUGUUGGAGGAGCAGACGUUGCGGUGUGCCAGAACAUCAGGGGAACGGGCUCGGGCCGAUGGAGCAGAAUUCAAAGUUGAUCGGCACCAUGCUAAUCGACAAUAUGUGGAGCUGGGCAAGGAUAGGACAGACGACGAGUCCCAUGAGGACGACGAAGAAGAACAUGGAUUGUCUAAAAACAAGGGAUCCAGCCUGGCCAAGAGAAUAGCCAACUCAUCAGGCUACGUUGGCGACCGCUUCAAAUGCGUCACAACAGAGCUGUAUGCGGACUCUAGCAAACUGAGCCGGGAACAGAGAGCGCUGCAGAUGGAAGGAUUAUCACAAGAGGACAGUAAUUUAAGUCAACCAGCUGCGUUCUGGGAGCGUGCGAUGAUCCGUUUCUCGGAGCUGGAGCUGAAGGAAAAGGAGGGGUGCGUGUCGUCUGCGGCGCCCGGACCGGGGAGAGAUCGGGAGCGAGAAAGGGAGUUGGCAGAGAGCCAGCUCGGAGAGGGAGACUGGGAACGGAGCCAGCCGAGCUCCAGGCCCUCCGCAGCCCUUUCAGUCCUCUCCGAUCACACGGAGCAACAUAACGGUGUGACGCCAACGUGUGCAAACAACAGAGUUCCCGUGCUCCAGCGGUGCGGCCCGCCGGCCGUCGUCUCGCAGUCCCAUCGAGCGGAGGAGAAGAGAGCGAGGGAUGUGAAGGGGGAGGAGGAGGGGUCUGUUGGCACGGCGACGAGCAGGAAACGUGCACUCGGUUUGGAGCAGAGCCAAGGCCACCCUGAUUGCACGCGCGCCGCAGAGGAGGGAGAGAGACGGUCGAGAGAAGAAGACGAUAACUGCACCGCAGCAAAGAGGGCAAGACUGAUUUCAGACGCGUGGCCACAGCCCUCUGAACAGGAAGUCAAGAAUCUGAAGGUGUGUAUCGAGCUGACAGGUCUUCGGCUGAGUAAACCCCGCCACCUCCCUAAUCUCCAGGAUCUGUGGGAUAGACAGGGACAGAUUAACCAUGACAGGCCUCAAUUCGGAGCUCCCAUCCCCGGUUUCCCUCCCACAUCCAAAGCCUCUCUUCCACCGUUGCAAAGCAGCAGGAGAGAAAAGGUCGACCCCUGCCCUCCAGAUGUCCAGAGAGUCGCCCCCGGCGCCCCUGCCAUGGAUCGAAAGGUCAAGACAAACGGAUUGGAAGAGAAGGCGGUGAAGAGAAAAGGAGAGCCGGAAAGAGGCUGGACUAAGGAGCAGCUGGAAAAUGCAGAAUCCGACACGGUCAUUCCUGUCCUCUCCGACGGCUUCAGUGCAGAUGCCUCCAUACGUAAAUUUUCCUCUCCACCUCAGUCACAUUUCUCGGACAAGCGACAGCGGUUCAAGGAGCAUCGCAAGUCCACCGGUUCCUCUUCGCCUUCCCAAGACUCUGAUGGCACCUUUCCGUCUCGCUUGCGACGCCACGGCGACCCCGAAAAGCCAAAGGGCAAGCGGCAAUGCAAAACCAAGCACAUCGGCCUGCAGGAGCGCAGGAUGCUGUUGCAGUCCACCAAUGAGGACUGCCCUGAACUCAUCCCCGAACUCAGCCCCGCACACCAACACAAGCAGGCGCUGAAACGUUCUGCCCAGAAGCGGCCAGCAUCGCUCUCCGAUUACGAAUCAUCUCCGAUAAAAGUCCGCCCCCCUUCCCCUGCCUACCAACCAACCGCACCCCCGAGCCCACCACGCAUCGUCCCAGAAACGCCGACACCUCCAGCUGCCCCCAUUCCUCCAGUGCUGGCCGAGACACCGGCCAGCAGGCCCAUGCCACCCGAAGCACGCCGACUCAUCGUCAACAAGAAUGCGGGCGAGACUCUGCUGCAGAGAGCUGCACGUCUGGGAUAUGAGGAUGUGGUUUUGUACUGUCUGGAGAAUAAAGUGUGUGACGUGAAUCAUCGUGAUAAUGCGGGUUACUGCGCUCUCCACGAGGCCUGUUCCCGCGGCUGGCUCUCCAUCGUGCGGCACUUACUGGAGCACGGGGCCGACAUCAACUGCAGCGCGCAAGACGGCACAAGGCCUCUCCACGACGCUGUCGAGAACGAUCAUUUGGACGUGGUACGUCUGUUGCUUUCGUACGGCGCCGAUCCUACUCUAGCUACCUACUCCGGCCGCAGCCUGCUGAAGAUGACCCACAGCGACAUAAUGGAGUGUUUUUUGUCCGGUUACUUUGCCGACCUCCAGGGCAGAGCGGACGAUGACCCCGGUGUGUACUGGGAAUUUUACGGCAGCGCAGUGUGCGAGCCUGCCGACGACUCCGGUUACGAUAUCCUGGCCAACCCUCCAGGACCCGGCGAAGACGAGGAGGAACAGAGAGAAGUGUUCGAGUUCGAAUUCUCCGACCGCCCGCUGCUGCCGUGCUACAACAUCCAGAUUUCUGUCUCACAAGGGCCGAGAAACUGGCUGCUGCUUUCGGAUGUGCUCAAGCGUCUGAAGAUGUCCGCCCGAACAUUUCGCACCACGUUCAUGCACGUCGAGGUGGUGACGAUAGCCGAGGCAGAGUUCUACAAGCAGGCGUCUCUGAGUCAGCUCUUCUCAUGUCCGGAGGAGCUUGACGGAUUCAUGCCCGACAGCAAGGAACUCUUAGAUCUGGUGGAAAUAAGCGCCGAGCUGGUGGCGCUGUUGGGGUCAUCGGUCGAAUGCCUUGACGACCGCUGGGAGCCGACAUCCAGAGCUCACUCAUGAACUUUUGCACGCACACACAUAUGACGGACCCUUGGACACCCAAGGAGCACUAGAAGCAAAGGACGAGGAUGUUCUAGGACUUUCUGGGAAUUAUUUUGACUGGGAGACCGUUUGAUCUCAACGCAGAAGAAGAUUCCGCUCGGCUACGAAAAGGUUUCAGAACGUCUCGAUGCAAAUCUGUACAUACUGUACAUUCUGCAAAUAGAGAAAGAGGAGACGAGAUUUGGAGCGCUGUCUCUAACUAGGAGAUACGAAGCCAUGCUCGAAACAAGACACUCUUUCGUAUAAAAGAGAUGUUUUUUUUUAAAUAGGAAUAUAACUAUAUAUACAGUCACUGUAUUUUAUUUGUGUGUAUUAUAAAUAGAUAUAAAUAUAUAUAUAUAUAUAUAAUAUAAAUAUAUAUACGCUGCCUUUUUGUCUUGUUUAGUCAGGUCUUUAUUUUAUAAUUGAAUGUUCCGAGGUGUAAAUAUGUUGGAAUCUGGGUUUUAAACAAGGAAGAAGCAGCUCACUGAGGCCGAAAGCCACUUCAUCAGGAGUUCAUAAGCGCACUUCGUCUGUGAUUCUCUGAUGGACGUUUUUAUGGUGUCGACCAGUAACCGGAAUUUUUCGGUCUAAGUGUUAAACUCUAAACUACAAAGCCGGUUCGUACUCUGUACGCGGGCGGUUUGGCAUCGACUACAGUCUCUUAUUUAUGAGUAGGAAUUAAGAUAUUUUAAUGUGGCUUUUCAUUUGUAAGAUAUUAAAGUAAUUGUAAAAUACUAAUCUGACGCUUUGUUAGUCAAAGACAUGCUUGAACUUGUAAAUAAUGGGUUGACUAUUUCAGUAACAUGUUUCUGACGUGUGUUAUUAUUGUUUUCGAGCAGUGUUUGGACUUUGUAAUUACAUACGCUAUCAUUUGUAUUUAUAUUUUACCAAAAAAAGUUCCUUUGAAUAAAUGGCAAUAAAAGGUAUUGUACA